UAAACUGACAAACAUUUCUCUGUGGCUGUUCUAGCAAAUUCUACGGAAUCGAUUAAUUCCUGUAUCAGGUACUGAGAAACAAUUCGUUCUCAUUCUCGUGCAAGCCAGUUGACGUUCAACUUCAAAGAAAAAUUCAGACUUCUUUAUUUUCCAUUCAUAGCAACGGAAGGAUACUAUAAUCCAUAGAAAAUAACAAUGGCUGCAGUUGAUAUUUCCCCCAAAAAAGAUGGUGGGGUUUUGAAAGAGAUUAUCAAAGAAGGAAUUGGGGAAGAGACUCCUGCAGCAGGAUGCAAGGUCAGAGUACAUUACACCGGUACUCUUAUGGAUGGUACAAAGUUCGAUUCGAGCAAGGAUCGCAAUGAACCAUUUGAAUUUGAUUUGGGAAAAAAAAGUGUUAUCAAAGCUUGGGAUAUUGGUGUGGCUACCAUGAAGAGAGGAGAAGUAGCUAUCCUAACUUGUGCUCCUGAUUAUGCUUAUCGUGCUGCUGGUAGCCCUCCCAGGAUCCCCCCUAAUGCCACACUGAAGUUUGAGAUUGAAAUGAUUGACUGGAAAGGAGCAGAUUUAAGCCCUGAUGGAGAUGGCAGCAUCGAAAAAUUCCAAAUAGUUACUGGAACAGGUCACUUGACACCAAAUGAUGGAGCAUUAGUCGAUGUACAUUUGGUCGGUAAAUAUGAUGGAAAGGUGUUCGAUGAAAGGGAUGUUCAAUUCAAUUUGGGCGAGGGUGAGGAUGUGGGCAUUAUUGACGGCAUAGAGAUAGCUUUGAAGAGUUUUAAGAUGGGCGAAAAAUCAAGGCUCAAAAUCAAAGGCAAACAUGCAUUCAAGGACGUUGGUGAGACUAAAUUCAGUAUUCCGCCAAAUGCAGAUCUUGAGUAUGUUGUUGAGCUGAAAAAUUUCGAAAAGGCUUCUGAAAGUUGGACCAUGCCUGGUCCUGAGCGGAUAAAGCAGGUAAUCCUGUUCAAAGAAAAAGGAACUUCUUACUUCAAGGAAGGAAAGUUUGGACUAGCCAUAAAAAUGUACAACAAAAUUGUUACUGCGUUUGAAGACUCGCGUGAUGACGAAGAUGGAGAAGUUGAAGCAGAAGCAAAGGAUCUUCGUUUGUCAGCAUACUUAAAUCUUGCUUUAUGCUAUCUGAAAACUAAUAAAAAUACGGAAGCCAGAAAUGCCUGCACAGAAGCAUUGGCAUUGAGCCCAGACAAUGAAAAAGCAUUGUUCAGAAGGGGACAAGCAAACCUCGUUCUUUCUGCCCCUGAACUUGCACAGCAGGACUUUGAAGCAGUGCUCAGAGUUAAUCCUAAAAACACAGCUGCUACCAGUCAGUUACUAGCCUGUAAAAAACUACACAAAGAACAAUUAGCCAAAGAAAAGCAAAUUUAUGCCAACAUGUUUGACAAAUUCGCCCUUAGAGACAAGCAGAAAGAGGAGGAGCAGCUGCGUGGGCAACCUGACGUCAUGCGAGGUGUGUUAGGAGAGUGGGGACAAGAAGAAAGACCUGGCGGUAGAGACCCGACAGCAUUUGAAAAAGAGAAUCCGAAUAUUCUUAUGCUUAAUGCCAAUGGUACCGGGGAAUUCAAAAAUAUGUGAAACGUCAUGCUUGAUAGCGGAUUUUUUUUCAUAACUACUGAAGAAAGUAAAAGCAGAAUUCACAUCAAUUUGCCGUAAAGGUGACAAUUUGAAAUUUGUUAUAUUUUAAAUGAAUGGUGUAAAUGUUACUGUAACUCCUAUGAAUAACGAACGGGCUUUACCAGCUUCAGGGCGUUGAUCAUUGAUUCAUCUCACUGUGUAAUUUCGUUAAUAUUUUCAAAUAUUUAGAAACGAAAUUUAACGCAUCCAAGAGUUUUCUCAGCUCAUAAUUUUUACAUUAUAACACAACUGUCACUAUGUGAAUUGCGCCCAUGCAUCCUAUUGAUACAUCUUUUUUCCAAUAAUUCCCUGUUUUCCCUACUUCAGUGAUAUUGACGGAUUUUUACCCCACGGUAAUGUUUGGGCCAUGAAAUAUUUGUAUUGAAAUUCAACGUCAGUGCAAGGGAAGAUCAUUUUAGAUCUAGAAGAAAAUAUUCAUCCUUAAUCACUCUACAUGUUUUGAAAUAAAUUGAAAUACUUGUA